AUGGUAUUAAAUGAUAGCUACAGUCAAGCUCGUAGACAAAUCAUAAUGAAAUCUAAAAUUCCAACUGUUAAUCAAGCCUAUGCUAUGAUUCUUCAAGAUGAAAGUCAAAAACUAGUAGCAAGUGGCAGUUAUAGUGCUGAGUCUAUUGAUCCUACUGCCCUGUUCAGCUCUAAGAUUGGUCAAAAACAAAGAAGGAAUUUCAAUGAGUUCACUAUUGAACCACAUAAUCAUCAGGGGCAACAGAGUCUGGGGCCUAUGCAAAUGUUCACUCCUAAGCAAUAUGGUCAGAUUCUAAGCCUACUGAACAAGGCAUCACUCUCUGAAUCAUCUGACAGUGCACACAUGGCAGGUAAUGUUUCUUAUGAACCAAAUACUGAUGAGAAAUGGAUAGUAGAUACUGGAGCUACUAAUCAUAUGGUUGGUAAUGAACAACUUCUUCUUGAAAAAUUAUUAGUAGGUAAUGCAAGAAAUGUACAGCUCCCUACUAGAGAGUCUACUAAGGUGUCACAUGUUGGUAGUUGUCGAUUAGAUGGAGGUGAUACUAUUAACAAUGUCUUGUGUGUACCAGCUUUCAAGUUUAAUCUCUUGUCUGUGUCUCAACUGACAAAAGCUUUAAACUGUUGUGCUGCAUUUUUUCCAAAUUUCUGCAUAUUUCAAGAUCUCUUCUCUGGGAGGGUGAAGGAUAUUGGUAAGGAAGAAGAAGGAUUGUAUGUACUGCAUUCACAAAGGAGAAACAAGAAUAAAACUAGGUCAUUGGUGAUGAUUGCCCACAGGAAUGAAGUUGAGCUGUGGCACAAGAGAAUGGGACAUGUUCUAAUUCAAGUUCUUAAGAAAAUCCCUAGUAUACAUAGUAGCAGUAGAGCAGAAAUAAGUCCUUGUGACAUUUGUCCUUUAGCCAGGCAAGCUAGGACUUCUUUUCCAGUCAGUAACAGUAGAGCAGAGAAUUUUGGUAAAAUGAUCAAGUGUUUUAGGUCAGACAAUGGUUCUGAAUUCUUUAACCAUAAUUGUGAAACAUUGUUCCAAAUGCAUGGAAUUAUACAUCAAAGUUCAUGUCCACACACUCCUCAACAAAAUGGAGUGGUGGAAAAGAGACAUAGACAUGUUCUUGAGACUGCAAGGGCCAUCAGAUUUCAGGGGAACUUGCUAGUGAGUUUUUGGGGUGCUUGUGUAGAUGCAGUUGUGUAUAUAAUAAACAGAAUUCCCUCCACGGUAUUAGGGAACAAGUCACCUUUUGAGUUAUUUUAUGGGAGACAGCCUGCGUUGUCACAUAUGAGAAUUAUAGGGUGUUUGUCUUUUGUAGCAAGGUUACCAAGAGGUGACAAAUUUGCAGCUAGGUCUAUAAGAUCAGUGUUUCUGGGAUAUGCAAGCACACAAAUGGGAUAUAGGUUGCAUGAUAUUGAGCACAAGACACUCUUUGUCAGUAAAGAUGUGAUAUUUCAUGAAGAUGUGUAUCCAUUUCAAGGUCUUCAUCAAGACUCUUCUCUCUUUGUAGAUGAAUUUCAGAAGGUUGAUCCUAAUCCAGAUCAGCCUCCCAUUGUUUUGCCCUUUACUAUCAGUGACAAGAACGAUCCACACUUUUCUGCAUCUCUUGCACCCGCAGAAUCUGUUCCUACAAACAUUAAUCCACCUUUGGACUCUCAUUCUCUACCACAUAUAGAGGUAUCAGCUACAGGACAGCAUGAGACUAAUGUUGGUAAAUUAAAGAGAUCAGGGAAAACUUCAAAGCCUCCUAUUUGGCUUAAGGAUUAUGUUGGGCCAAUACAAAAGCCUAACUCUUCUCAUGCAGCACAUUGCCAAUAUCCUAUUAAAACUGAAUAG